AUGUGUUGCAGUAGCGGAAAAGUGAAACUGGCACCUCUGCAAGAUCCACCGCUCUUGCUAAAAUCAUUGCUUCUAGGUGACUCAGAAAAUUCUAGGCAUUUCCUUACAAAUAUUCGCAAGUACAAUUCAGCUUUUCAGAUGACAUCAAUGGGUUGCAAUGAAAUUAAGGAAACACAUGGAUGGAAUCCUUGCUUCAAAGUGCAAGGUCAAGUGUACCACCUCAUUGGAAGCCUGUGCCCUUUGCCUAAUGAAGAAUCCAAAUUUGCUCAAAUCUACUUUUUGGGUGAUGUGGAGAGAGAGAUACAAGUAAGACAAGGCAUUGUUCCUGGUUUGAGGAUAAAUAUCAUUGAGGGUUUACAAAACAUGCUUCAUGCCAUCAAUAGGUAUGUGCAGAGUUUUAAAUUAGCCAAAGACGUUCUCCGUGAAUAUGAGCAGCAGUACAAGGUUGUGAUUCAUGCUGACAAGAGGCCUCCUAGAGAACACAGAGGGCGGUUUAAUGCUCCAAUGUGUGAUGAGGUAGCUGUGCUUAUGGUCACAGAAGAACAUGGAAAGAGAGACAUUGUCCUUCUUAAGUCUGAUGGCAGCCUUACAAGAAUAGCUGAAACUCAUCGCAGCUAUGAUGCUUUGCAGUAUCCUCUCAUACUUCCACAUGGAGAUGAUGGAUACUAUUUUCCUGACCAACCAGUCCCAAACCAGUACAAAGUAUCUGCGAUGAAACAUUAUGCGUAUCGACUGAUGAUGCGAGGUGGUGCAGACUUUAACAUCUUGCUGCGGUGUCAGAGACUGAUGCAACAAUAUGUUGUUGACAUGUACGCCAAAAUAGAGACCGAACGGCUGUGCUUCCUUCGGCGAGAGCAAACAAAACUUCGAGCUGAACAAUAUGGUGAGUUGAGAGAUGCACUUCUGGCAAGUGAUGGAGAUCCAAGAAACAUCGGUAAGACGGUGAUCUUACCUAGCUCCUAUACUGGAGGACCAGGGUACAUGCAUGAACGUACACAGGAUGCCAUGUGCUAUGUUAGAAAGUUUGGUAGGCCUUCUCUUUUUAUCACAAUGACGUGCAAUCCCGGCUGGAAAGAAAUCACUGAUGAACUGCUGCCCAUGCAGACAGCACAACAUCGCCCAGACCUAAUUGCACGUGUCUUUAACCUAAAAAGAAAGGAACUCAUCAAACAGUUGACCAAGCACUGCAUCUUCGGCAAGACUAUUGCAUACCUAUGUUCCAUUGAAUGGCAGAAACGUGGUCUGCCACAUGCUCAUAUUUUAGUUUGGUUACCUGCAGAGCACAGCAUUCAUGCUGAUGACAUCGAUGCCGCUAUUUCCGCUGAGUUGCCUGACCCUAACUCUGACAAGGUGCUGUUUGAUAUAGUCAUGACAAACAUGAUUCAUGGCCCUUGCGGUCGCAUGGACAAGCACUCACCCUGCAUGCGAGAUGGAGCAUGCACGAAACGUUACCCGAAAGAGUUUAAAAGUGAUACUCAGAGCGGCCAUGAUGGUUAUCCAUUAUAUCGACGACGUAAACCCGAUGAUUGUGGCCAUCAAGGAAUAAAGAAGAUCAAAGGUAACGAUGUCUGUAUAGACAAUCGAUGGGUAGUACCUUACUCUCCCUACCUCUGCCGAAUGUUUGCCUGUCAUAUCAACGUAGAGCUUUGUACAAGUGUCAAGUCUAUCAAGUAUGUCCUAAAGUAUGUCAACAAGGGCAGGGACAUGGCAGUUUUUUCGCUAGAAAAAAACCAACCUAUUGAUGAAAUAGAUCUGUACCAGACAGCAAGAUACAUCAGUUGCAGUGAAGCUUGCUGGAGAAUACUGAACUUUACCAUUCACGAUCGUCAUCCAGCAGUGACAAACCUUCAUGUCCACCUACUAAAUGGGCAGAGGGUUGUUUACAAUGAUCAAAAUGCUGUUGCUCUUGCUCAACGUCCACCUUUAGUAAAACCACGUUGA